UUCAUCCUCUUGGGCUUCUCAGAUAAUCCCAGGCUAGAAAUGACCCUAUUGGUAGCUGUGUCUGUCUUUUACACAGUAACCCUCAUGGGCAACACCACCAUCAUACUCCUGUCUCACCUAGACCCUCACCUGCACACCCCCAUGUACUUCUUACUCACCCACCUCUCCAUCCUGGACCUCUGCUUUACCACCAGCUGCAUCCCCCAGAUGCUGGUCAAUUUCUGGGGCUCGGACAAGACCAUCAGCUACCUGGGAUGUGCAGUCCAGCUUUACAUCUUCCUGGGACUUGGAGCUGCAGAGUGUGUCCUGCUGCUGGUCAUGGCCCUUGAUCGCUCUGUGGCAGUAUGUCAACCCCUGCACUAUGCAGUAAUCAUGAGCCCAAGCCUGUGUCACAAGCUGGCAUUCCUGGUCUGGGCAAGUGGAAUUUUUGGCACCUUGGUACAGUCUCCCACCACCAUGAAACUCCCCUUUUGCCACCACCACCAGGUUGAUGACUUUGUCUGUGAGGUCCCUGCACUGAUCUGUCUGGCCUGCAGAGACACGCAUGUCAAUGAGCUCCAGAUUUCAGUGAUUGGUGCCAUCUUCUUGAUGGGGCCUCUUCUGCUCAUCCUUGUCUCCUAUGGCCACAUCGCCCAGGCGGUGCUGACCAUCCAGUCCCAGCAGGGCAGAACCAAGGCCUUCCGCACCUGCUCUUCCCACCUGGCCAUUGUCUUUCUUUUCUACUGCAGUGUCACUGCUGUCUACAUCUGACCCCAGAGUCACUUUUCCCAGAAGGGAGACAAGUUCCUAACUCUUUUCUACACUGUGGUGACUCCCACUCUCAACCCCCUCAUCUACACUUUGAGGAACAAGGACAUAAAGGGAGCUUUCAAGAGGCUCUUAUGGAAAGAUAGAAUGGCCAGUGAAGAGUGA